GAGGAGGGUAGGGUUAUGGAAGGACAGGAAAGUGUGCUAGGAAAGGAGGUGCUCUCUGAGGAGCUGAGUCUUAGCCUACCCUGGUCUGGUAGUGUUCUUGGUCAGAACACUCAGAGCGACCCAUACCGCUGGACUCAUCCGUCCCAGCCGAAGUGUGGCGCGCUGGUUGAGAUCAGACAGGAGAUGAAUCGCCGCUGGGUGUUUCCUCUGUUCCUGCUACUGGCUGGAACUGGUUUGUGCCAAGAGGAAGUUUGUUCAAAGUCUGUCAUCAAUUCCUGCAACGACUGCAUCCAAUCUGGGCCUUACUGUGUGUGGUGUGCACAGCUGAAUUUCACCAAAGCUGGGGAGCAGGAAGCUGCCCGCUGUGACACCGCAGCUCAGCUCAAAUCCAGAGGCUGCAGAGGGGAGAACAUCAUCUCCCCCAGGAACUGGGUUCACAUCAACCAGGAGGACCCACUGUCCACGUCCUUCAAACAGCAGGAGCCGGUCCAGCUCAGCCCACAGAAGAUCAGUCUGGAGCUGCGGCCGGGUCUGCCCAGCACCUUCACGGUCAGCUUCAGGAGGGUCCAGGGUUACCCUGUGGACCUGUACUACCUGAUGGACCUGUCCUACUCCAUGAAGGACGACCUGGAGAACGUGAAAAGACUGGGACAGAGUCUGUUUGCAGCCCUGAAGAACAUCACUGCACACGCUCAGAUAGGUUUCGGAGCCUUUGUGGAUAAGACCGUCCUCCCGUACACAAACACCAACCCAGACAAACUCCGCCGACCAUGUGAUGACGACUACCAGCAGUGCCAGGCCGCCUUUGGCUACAGACACGUGCUGAGCCUGACGGACAAGGAGGAGGACUUCAGGUCAACGGUCAACCGGCAGUUCAUCUCAGGAAACCUGGAUUCUCCAGAGGGCAGUCUGGACGCCAUGAUGCAGGCAGCAGUCUGUGGGGAUAAAAUAGGAUGGAGGAAAAGCAGCACGCGGCUGAUCGUCCUCACCACUGACGCCGGGUUCCACAUGGCCGGGGACGGAAAACUGGCUGGAAUCCUGGAACCCAACGAUGAACAGUGCUACAUGGACAACAACGUCUACAGCAGGAGCACCAGUAUGGACUACCCGUCUGUUGGACAACUGGCCCGGCAGCUGGAGAAACACAACAUCCAGCCCAUAUUUGCUGUGACACAAAAUAUGGAGCCCGUCUACAAGCAACUGACUAAAAUGAUUCCAAAGUCAGAGGUGGGAGUUCUGUCCUCCGAUUCUAACAACGUGGUCCAGCUCAUCGAAAAUGGCUACAGGCGACUGUCUUCCAAAGUCACACUGACCCACGACAACCUGCCUGACAACGUCAGACUGGUCUACACCCCCAUAUGUGCCAACGCUGGACCAGUAGCAGAGAGCGAAGGUGUCUGUGAAAACGUCCGCGUGGGCGAGAAGAUCUCCUUCAACGUGACGGUGACUGCGUUCUCCUGUCUGGAGAAGCAGUCCUUCACCAUCAGACCGCGGGGCAUCAAGGACACGCUGACCGUCGAACUGUCCACCAGUUGUCAAUGUCAGUGCGAGGACGUCUCCAUCCCCAGCCCCACCAUCUGUAAUGGGAAGGGCAAAGUCCACUGUGGGAUGUGCAGCUGCAACGACGGCUUCGUGGGCCAGUUCUGCGAAUGUGCCAUCGGCGAGAAGGACGAGUCCUCCUUAAGACAGUUGUGUCGGAGGGAAAACGGCAUCGAGUGCGAAGGACGAGGAGACUGCGAGUGCGGACGCUGUCGCUGUCACACCACGGAGAGUGGAAGCAGUUACCACGGCGACUACUGCCAGUGCGACGACGAGCACUGUGAGAAGUUCCAGAACAAACUGUGCGGAGGGAACGGUAAGUGCAUAUGUGGAAAGUGUGAAUGCUUCCCUGGCUACGAAGGUUCCGCCUGUCAGUGCAAGGUGUCACAGGACGGCUGUCGCACCGUCAACAACUCCGUGUGCUUCGGGAGAGGAACCUGCCAGUGCAACCGCUGUCAGUGUAAAGAAGGCUACCAGCGGCCGCACUGCCAGGACUGCCUGGGCUGCCCAAACCAGUGCCAGAACAAACUGAGCUGCAUUGAGUGCCUGGGCUUUGAGUCCAAAAGUGCUGAUCAAAACUGCACGGCGGAAUGCCUCAAAACCAUCAGUCCCAACAUGGUGGACCACUUCACGUUACCGAGAAAAGACUGUCGUCUGAAGGACUCCAAAGGCUGCUGGGUAACGUUCAGGCUGGAGCAGCUGGUCGGAGAGGACUACUACUACGCUGAGAUUCUCAACCAAAGAGACUGUCCUGAGCCCCCCAACAUCAUUGCCAUCAUAGGCGGCUCGGUGGCAGCGGUGGCUCUGAUCGGCAUCCUGCUGCUGAUGGUGGUGAAGUUACUGAUCUACAUGAAGGACCUGAAAGAGUACAGAAAGUUUGAAAAAGAAAGGGCCAAGAGCGACUGGACAAAGGCCAGUAACCCGCUGUAUACCAGCGCCACCACCAGGGUUGAAAACCCCACCUUCACUGGAGAGUGAGGCUCCGCCUCCAGCCACGGCUUCAGCGCUCUCGUCACUCAGUGGGACUGUUGAUGUGGAGCUGCUCCAUCACCAGGACAAGCUGCCAUCAGCACUGCCUGACCUACAGGGGCCUGUGAGGGGCAAACAUGAUAUGAACCAGACCAGACCAGACCCAUCAAUCAAUCUUCUCUCACUGACCAGAGGUCACGAGGUCAGAUUGACCACCGUCUAUUAACAUUUUCAGAUCCAGACCAGGUAAUCCAGGACGGACACACACACUCAGAGUCACCUGACUGUCACAUUAGAACAGGGGUCUCCACGUCAGACGGGCUGAGGGCCAUUAGUGAGCAGAUGUUUUAGAAAAAGUUUUUGUUAAAUAUAAAUAAUUUAGAUCAACUCUUUCUUCGUUCAUUCUUAGACCACCAACUACAGUAUUUUAAUAAUUAAAAAAAAAAAUCAAGGGACAAAUGACACUUGAUACGGCCAUACGUAAGAACAUCAUGGGCUGCACUUGGCCCUCAGGCCAGAGUUUGAGACCACUGUAUUAGUUCUGGAAUCAAAUACAUCCAGCGAUACCAACACAUGGGGAAACUGCCCAACAACCACGUUGCACAGAAAUAAAAAUGAACAAUAUCUAAAUUCUUCCCCAUCUGAAUUACGACCAUCUUCUCUCCCAGUGACGUCAUCUUGAGCCAUGAACCUCAAGUCAAGCUCGUUAAACCCUAAAAGGGUCUGCGUUUAUUUGCUGUAGGUCAGCACAGCUUUUGUACACACGCUGCUUCCGCACUGCUGCCCCCUGCUGGCUUUUAAAAAACCUCGGCGAUGACAUUUUCUUUGACAGAAACCUGCUUCAACAAAACACAUUUAUAUAAUAAUAAUAGCUGAUCAUUUUUAUAGCGCCUCAAAGUUACCUGUCAUUAUGUAGAAUAAAAUUGUUCUUCCGUUGAGGAA